AUGGCUGCCGAAAUUGCAAACUCCGAAAACUCAAGGUGGUGCGAUGAAGGCAAGCCACAUUGCAAUAAAUGCCGCUUAUAUGGGGUGUCGUGCAACUUUAUGUCCAACGUCCCCGAUUUACAUCCCAUCGCUGCCGAUUCAGAGACCCGGAGUUUACUGGUGACCCGAGGAAGAAUGCAGCUCCAGCCCCCUGUUACUAGUGCUAUUUGGACAUCUGAUGGAGUUUCAUCUUAUCAGUUGAAUGCAAAGUGCCAAGACUUCAUCACACGCUAUCUUGGACGAAGUCUCAUCAGAGUCAUCUCUCCGGAUGACCCUAACAUGAUACGUGUUAACCGGAGGCUUUUGAAACUUGCAUUUACCCAUCCUUUUUUAAUGCACGCCUCCCUAGCAGUGGCACUCACAUAUGACCGCCACCUAAAUAAAUCAAUAAACUGCCAACGCAGCCUAGAAGAGUGCUACCACUGGUCCCAAAGCACAACUCUCCUGAACAAGCGAUUAAGAGAACCGAUAGAAGCAAAAGAUAAAGAUCCAAUAUGGGGCACAGCGGCUGCUCUUGCCGUCCUAUCAUUCUCGUCCCCCGAUGCAUGCACGCCAGAAGAAUCAUGGCCUAUGAAACCCUCCGCUCGCUCCGACUUGGAUUGGCUGCGCAUGAGCAAGGGCAAAAAUUCACUAUGGCAUAUCGUCGACCCGCUACGGCCGGACAGUAUUUUCACCAUCAUGGCGGAGACCUUUGCUCUGAUGUUUUCCCCUUUGCCUGAGCGGGGGAUUGAUGGUAUACCAAAUGCCUUGGCUACUGUAUGCCUCCUCUUAGAAUCAUCUACUGCGAAGAAGAAUCCUUAUUUUUACGCCGCCCAUGCAGUGUCCCGGAUUCUGUAUAUCCCGGAUAAUGAGAUCUCAACAGGUAAUACCCAAAUAUUCACACUUAGUAUUCAUGGGUCCUUCGAAGACCUGUUGCAAGCAAAGGACCCGGUAGCACUCCUGUUACUCUCAUCUAUGGCAGGUCGCAGUAUAUGGUGGAUCGAGCUCAGAGCUAGAGUGGAAUGUCCUUCUAUUUGCUCGUAUUUACGGAAAUACCACGAAGAUAAUCUUGCAAUACGGGAGUUCCUGCCUGGUGGUGCUCUCGCUGGUCAAUGGGGUUGA